CUCUCGGCGACGUCCAGCGGCCUCUGCUGCUCCUGCUGCUGCUCGAAUGCAAGCUUUUCUCUGCCAUCCUCUGCAGAAGUACUGAUUAGCAACAGCUCUUGUGGAGAAAAUCCUUCUGAAUCCAUCCUCACGAUUGGUUUUAGAAAAGGAUAUUCCCUGACUUUCGCCUUUGCAAGAAAUGUAACACGUUACCAGGUCAAGGCUAUGAAGUUUACUUACAACUUGUCAGACACAGAAAUUUUCCCCAAUGCAAGUUCCAAGGAUAUCAAGGUGGAGGAGUCUGUAAGUGACAUCGAGGCAGAUAUAGACAAAAAGUACCGAUGCGUCAGUGCUAUGCAGAUCCAAAUGCAAGAUGUGAUCAUCACAUUCCAUGAUACCACCAUCCAGGCCUAUUUGUCGAAUAGCACCUUCAGCAAGGAAGAGACUCGCUGCAAGCAGGAUGAACCUUCCCCAACCACUGCACCACCCAGCCCCUUACCACCACUUGUGCCCACAAAUCCCUCAGUGUUCAGGUAUAACAUGACUGGUGACAAUGGAACCUGCCUGCUGGCCAGUAUGGCACUGCAGCUGAACAUCUCCUACUUGCACAAGGACAACACGACUGUGACCAGAGUGCUCAACAUCAACCCAAAUGAGACUUUGUUUGAUGGAAGCUGCAGUGCCCAGUUGGUAACCCUGAGCCUGAGGAACCAGAACCAGAAGGGCAAUGUCCUGGUGUUGCAGUUUGGGAUGAAUGCAAGUUCUAGUGUAUACUUCCUACAAGGAAUCCAGUUGAAUAUGACUCUUCCUGAUGCUAGAGAUCCCACGUUCAGAGCUGUCAACAGCUCACUGAGAGUCCUGCAGACCACCAUUGGGAACUCGUACAAAUGCAGCACUGAGGAGCACAUCCCUGUCACCAAGGAGUUCUCCCUCAAUGUCUUCAGCAUUUGGGUCCAGGCUUUCAAAGUUGAAGGCGACAGGUUUGGGUCUGUGGAAGAGUGUGUGCAGGAUGGAAACAACAUGCUGAUCCCCAUUGCUGUGGGUGGCGCCCUGGCAGGGCUGGUCCUCAUUGUCCUCAUCGCCUACCUCAUCGGCAGGAAGAGGAGUCACGCUGGCUACCAGACCAUUUAGCCUGGUGGGCGUGCGCACCACAGACACACAGGGGCCUGUCCUCAUGUCCCCGAGCUUAGAUAGGUGUGGAGGGGAGGCACACUUUCUGGCAAGCUGUUUUCAAAUCUGCUUUAUCAAAUGUGAAGUUCAUCUUGCACCACUUACUAUGCACAGAGGAGUAACUACCAAAAUGAUGGUGUUAAUUUUGCUAACUGGUUAAAUGUUAAUAUUACCAAAGUAGAGCUCUAAGGGGAGGGCAGGAGUGCAUUUCUGAAUUGGCAUGAGCUCCACUCAUUCAACGUUUUAAGAUUUGGUGUUUGGUUUCUUCAUUCUUUACUCAGAUUUAAGCCUUACAAAAGGGAAUCUCUGACCCGAACACUUGGGACUGAUGAAG